AUGCCGGUAACGCGUAGGCGCGCCGCCGCGGGGGCGGUGGUGCAGGUGGAGGAGGAGGAGGAGGGGCGCAAUGCGGCGAUCGACAUAUCCUCUGAUUCCGAUGCGGGGUCAGAGUCAAGGUCAGAGGAUGAGGAAGAUUCAGAAUCGGAGGAAGAGGAGGAUACGGGCGACGAGGACUUUGUCGACGUCAGCGACAGCGACAGCGAGGCCGGUGAUGGGGAGGGCAGCGGCGAGGAAAACGAGGAAUCGGAGUCGGAGGCUGAGGCUGAGCAAUUGGGCGCGGAUCGGAGCGAGGUCGCCUGCAACAAAAUCACUAGUCUCCUCAGCAGUGGGAAGAGUCUGGAGGGUUUAAAGUUGGUAGAGUGCAAGGCGUAUUUAAAGAAGAAUGGUCUUAGCCAAACUGGGGGCAUAGACACUUGUGUAGACAGAAUAUUGCUUCACUGGAGGUUUAAAGAUGGGGAUCCAGAGAGAAUUUAUCCACGGUCAUCCUUCUGUGUCAACUGUAAAGGUGAUGUUUGUAGGGGCGAUGCCGUCCUAUUCAAACAGAAGGUGUAUGAGAAGAGUGGAAAAAGGCAUGCAAAAUGUAUAGGUAAGCGUAUAGUAGCCGGCAAAGUCAUCAAGGAAAGUUAUGGUAAACAAAAGCAGCAACACACUUUCACGAUUCAAGUGUUUUGGAGCAAAGGACCUGGGAAAUUACCACCUUUGCAUCUGUUGCUUGUCAAAGGGCGCAACCUAUACAGAAUGAUGACUUUUCGUCAGCCUUGGGCAAAUGAAGUAGAAAGGCUGAAGGUUCUAGAAGAGAAGCACAACAGAGGGGACGAUGCAAGGCGUGUUCGUGCUUUGAACAGACCUAAUUCUGCUGGAAACACUCUUAAAGGCAAGAAAAAAUUGGACAAAGAAAAGCACAAGUCUCGAUCUGGAAGGCCUCACUGCCAAUCUAAUAUCACUGAAUUGGAUAAAGGCAAAAAACGUCCAGCACAAUCCUCCAAGUUUGAUCUGCCUAAUAAAAGAUCUAAGAAAGAAGGGUCCCAAGUGCCUUCUGGAAAAGAAACCACUGGUGGUAGGAAGGCAAAGAAAAAUCAUGCUCGCCAAGAUAACAGCAUUUGUACUGGUCAUAACAGUUCUCUAUGCAAUGACAACAGGGAGAAGAAUCAUGCUACCUUUCAGAAAAACUGUCACGCUGUGCCUCUCAACAAGGGUCCAUCUAGCUCAAAAGUUGGGAUGAACAAAAGGGCGGCUGGUUCUGGGUGGAACAGAAUUGGUGGCACACACAAUCAAUUAGAAGAAAGACACAUAACUCCAGCUGCCCAUAUUGAGGCAAAUCAUGGAAAUUUUGUUUUAGUACAGCAUCCUUGUGUUGAGAGGCUUCAACGGCCUACUGAAUUGCGUGAAGUUGCCCACGGUUUACUGACUCGACCCGGUGGCAGCCAUCCAGAUGUACUAUCCAGCGCUACAAUGGGUCUCCGACAUCAAAGUGGAGCAAUGGCUGGUGUGCAUGCACCUGCAUAUUUCAGGGGACUUCCACCCAAUCAACAGAGGGUAGCAUUUCCUUUAGCCAACAUGCCACAAACCGUGUACCAUCCUCAUCCAGAAGAAGCAUAUGUUGUGCCACACUUCAGAUAUCAUCCUAGAGGGAGUACUGGUUUCCGUCGAUAA